AUGAUAUCUAUUACUUCUAGAAUACCAAGAACAGAGCUAUUUUCACCACUAGCUACUGUCCCAUUGGUUAAAGUUUGCAGUGUACUGUUAACAAAGGGAUUUGCAGUAAUGAUAUUGACUGUUGUUAAAAUUAAAAAUAUUAAGUUAGAAAUCUUUAACAUCAUUUUAAUAGGGGUCUUAAAUUAUUUUUACUUAAAUAUUUAA